AUGUUCGAUGAUGAUUAUUAUAGAAGAUUAAUAGUUUAAUCAUAAAAUUAAUCAGUUAGAACAAUAAAUACUGAUAGGCCAUGGUAUCCUAAGAUGAGAUAGAAACCUGCAGUGAGACCUUUGUUUAGUGAAGAUUUUAAAUUUUUUGUAUUGCCUCCUAAUAAGAUGAUUUCAUUAUUAAAAAGGCACAAAAUAACAAUACCAACAGAUGAAUAGAUAAGAGAAUUUCUUAGAAAUCAUUCUUUAAAAAAUAUAGUAGAUUAUGGAGUGAAAUUAAAAAGCAGUACUGAAAUAAAAGUGCAUCCUCCUUCAGUGAUCAUUCAAGCUCCAAGAAAAAGAGCAAAAACAAAACAACAACUAACAAUAAAUAGAAAGCCUAUGAAUAUAUUGCCUUUUCGAAAUGUAACAGAACCCAGUAAAUAAUCUAUUUCUUAAUAUAAACCUUCAUGUCAUAAGAAUUUUAGAAUGUCUAAAAGUGAGUAUUGUGAUAAAGAUGUGUAUGGAAUGUUAAAGAAAUUAAACUUUUCACCAAUGCAAAUGGAUGAAUCACCAAGACAAACCAAAGAAAAUACUAAUUUUAACACAUUGCCAUCUUAAACAUAUAUAAAGCCGAUAAUACCAAAAAGCGUAUUACCUUAUCCUCCACGAUCAAAAAAACAGCUUCGAUAAUUACUGUUAAGAGCUAUUAAAAAGAUAAAGAAAUUAGGUCUAACAAUUAAGUAUGUAAUGUAAAAUAAGAUAUUUUCAAAAAAACCAUAUGAAAAACCAUUAUCCAAAUAAUUUAUUCAUGCAGCAAAAAAGAAUUAAAUAGAUUAAAUUUAUAACUUUCUAUCUACUAAUCCUUAUCUUGUUUUUGAUUUUGAUUUUUAUAAUAUGACUGCAUUGCAUUGGGCUUGUAAAAAAGGUUAUGUAGAAUUAGUAGAAUUGCUUUUAUAAUAUCAUUCUGAUAUUGAUGGAGUUGAUAUCUUAUAUAGAACACCUUUAAUUCUAUCAAUCUAAGAAAACCAUUUGCAAAUUACUCAUAUUUUAUUGAUUAAUGGUGCAUAUCCUUGGAGUACUGCUAUUACAGAUUUGAAGACUGUUUUAGAAUAGAAUGAAAAAGCUAAAAAUCUAUUGACUAAAGUUAGAAGGGUAUUAUUUUAUUCCCAUUAUAUUUUUAGUUGUAAAUCAUGGCCAAAUGGACUUAAUAAAAAGAAUAUCUGAGUUUAAUCUGAAC